GGUCAAAGUAUUGAGAAUUUUUUCCACAUUUCAUGGACAGAAAGUCUUUAAUGGAUCUCUCGGAAAACCCGACUCCUGAACGCUUCGCCGCCAUCUUGGAGAACCAGCGUGCAAUUAUGGUGAAUCAGUCAACCAUACUUCACAACCAAAACAAGAUCUUGAGAGGCCUAGAGCAGCUCUUUACGCUUAUUCCUAACUCACAGAAUACUCUUACGAACCAGCCGACAGCGUGCACUCAGAGUCUACCUGUCACUCCCGUGGUGAGCGUGCAUGGUGUUCUACCGACAGUGGUCGAGCCAACGCGAGUGGAUCAGCCAGCGCUCACACAAAUCACAGUCGUACCAGCGAUGCCAUUGACGAUUCCAACGACAACUACACGCGCCGAUCAUCAACAACAACAGCAACAACAACACCAACCAACAACCUCCCCAGCUCACACCUCAAUCCAACCUAUUCCACAAACGAGUUUCGCCAACUCUUCGAUGGUGACUGUUCAUCCCGUUCCAGUUCCCGCAGUCCCGAUGACAUCUUCUCCAGACAGUUCAGACGACGAACGAGUCCCGCAGUACACGUCACGGUCCGAUCUCAUGCAGAUCAAGUGUAAAAGUUGUUCCAUUGGGAAUUUCUCCGUCCAGCUACUUCGGCAUAUCUUCCAACCAGACGAGCUAGCCRACCGGAAUUGUUCUGGCACCCGUGGUAAAGAACAAGUCGAUCCGUCAAGGUUAAAAUUCAUCAARGAAACCGUGUUCGACUUGUAUAACAUUAGCGCUGACGAGAGACUCAACACAUGGCGGCACUGUGUUCGUGCUAUGGAUGAAUUCCUACGCCGUCCAAAAAAUAACCGAAAAUACAAAGACAUUGGCCCUCCAACCUUAGUAGGGCUUAACCAAAAACUAAACGUGAGUUUUUAAAAUUAAACCCAAUUUACCUUUCACCUUUGAUUGAUGAAGGUGGGCGUUUAGAAUGUCGUGUUUACAGAUUUGUAGUUUCUUUAGACUUUAUAGACGAUAAAAUAAAUUACUACGCUAAAAA